AUGUCACUUUGUCAAUUUGUGUCAUCAAUCAGUGAUUGUAAGAUCACCCAAGCGUUAAUAUACGGUGCUUUGUUCGUUGGUGUUUACAAAGUUACCACUUUUACGUUAAGCUUUGGUACAUUAUUAUGCGAUCUUUUUAUCUUACCAGCCGUCGAUUUUAAGAAGUACGGAGCAAAACAAGGGAAAUGGGCUGUUGUCACGGGUGCAUCCGAUGGAAUUGGUAAGGAAUACGCUUUCCAAUUGGCAUCCAGAGGCUUGAAUGUUGUGUUAAUUUCAAGAACUCUCUCAAAGUUGGAAUUAAUUGCUACUGAAAUUGAAACUAAAUACAAGGUCAAUACCAAAGUCAUUGCUUUUGACGCUUCCACCGAUGAAGACUCCAACUACGCUAAGAUCUUGCACGCCGUAUCCAACUUGCCUGUCACUGUGUUGGUCAACAAUGUCGGUCAAUCCCACUCGAUCCCAGUUCCCUUCUUGGAAACUGAAGACAAGGAAUUGAGAGACAUCAUCACCAUCAACAACACUGUUACUUUGAAGAUCACCCAGGUUGUCGCCCCAGUGAUCGCAGACACCGUUGCCAAGGAAAAUAAGAAGGUCAAGGGUUUAAUCCUAACCAUGGGCUCCUUCGGUGGUUUAUUACCAACCCCUUACUUAGCUACAUACUCCGGUUCGAAGUCCUUCUUACAGGCCUGGUCUGCAGCUUUGGCUGGUGAAUUGAAACCCCACGGCAUCGACGUUGAACUAGUUAUUUCGUACUUGGUCACCUCGGCCAUGUCCAAGAUCAAGCGCUCUUCUGCCUCCAUUCCAAACCCAAAGAACUUUGUUACUUCAGUCUUGAACACUGCCGGUCGCCGCUGUGGUGCACAGGAAAGGUUUGCUACCUCUACCCCAUACUGGACACAUGCAUUGAUGCAUUUUGGAAUUGAAAAUACCGUAGGUGUCUACUCAAAAUUCGCCAAUUCCUUGAAUUUCAACAUGCAUAAAAGUAUCCGUGUUAGAGCUUUGAAAAAAGCUGCCCGUGCAAAUGCUACAAAGACCGAUUAG